UCCCUCGCAAAUUUCCCGCUUCCAACUAUUCUAUUUCCAUUUUCUCUCUAUCUAUCUUUGUAAUUCACACACGUGAUUCGACAAUUGGAUCCCGAAACGGCGAAUAAGCUAUGUUCACUGAUUAAUUCACCUUCCACAAAAUCAACAAGAGAAGUGAAACUAUUUUGCCCUAAAUAUCCAACCGUGUUAGCACCAUAAUUUUGAUUUUAAAAACUCUAUGAACUCUCGUGAAGUUACUCUAGUCGCCACGGCAACCAUGUUUGGUGCCUUGGCCUCAUCAAUCGCUCUCCGUUUCCUCUGCCGUUCCCAAACUCACACAUCCAAAACCAAACCCUCGCAAAACGGCACCGUUUCCUCUUCUGGAGACCCGUUCGACCCCUCCAAACGCAAAGGAUACUUGUCUUGGGAUGAUUAUUUCAUGGCAAUUGCGUUUUUGUCAGCUGAAAGAUCCAAAGACCCUUACAGGCAGGUGGGUGCUUGCUUAGUGAGUCAAGAUGGUAUAAUUCUUGGCAUUGGUUAUAAUGGAUUUCCAAGAGGUUGUUCUGAUGACAAGCUACCAUGGGCCAAGAAAUCUAGGACUGGGAAUCCCUUGGAGACUAAGUACCCUUAUGUUUGUCAUGCAGAAGUAAAUGCUAUUCUUAACACAAAUCAUGCCUCUGCUGCUGGACAACGGCUGUAUGUGACCAUGUUUCCUUGCAAUGAGUGCGCCAAGAUCAUAAUCCAGUCAGGAGUUUCUGAAGUAAUUUAUUAUGUGGAGAAGAGAUUAGAAAAUUCAGAUGUUGCAUAUAUUGCCUCUCACAAGCUACUUUCAUUGGCUGGUGUAAAGGUCAGGAAACACCAACCAGCGAUGAGUGAAAUUCAUCUGAAGUAUGAGGAGCUGUAGAUUCUGAAGCUUGGCAUGACAGACAAUCAGUGUUUGUAGUAACUAUCUUCUGAAAUCAGAAUUACCGGAAGCUGAUGGCUCUGUUGAUUCUGAAUACUAAAUAUAUUUAAAUUUCUCCUCAAACCAACUAAGCAACAAAGAUAACAGUAAUGACACAUCUUGGCCCUUCAUUAUACUGUCUUCAAUCAUUGCUAGAAACCCGAAUUAAUCCCCCGUCUAAGGUCUACGAAAUGGAAUUCUGCAAGUACGGUUGGAGAAUGUAGUUCUUAGUUUUCCUAGGAUUCAUGUUUAGAAAACUAUCUAAACUAUUAAGAUCUUAGAAUUUACAUGUCUCUAUCUCAAUCUAUCUCUUUUCGGUUUACUUUGAUCUAUAAUGGUAAUAGAAACUGUAAUCCACCCAAUCUCAAUCAAUCUCUUCUCAGUAAGCUAUUUAUUAAGAGUUAAGACUCAUUCUUGAUAGAUGGUAAAUGACUCUCAUGUGAGACUAAACCCUGUAAUUGUGUCAGUGAUAAUGAGUUAUAGAGGCUUUUUUUUUCCAGCUUUCUCAUUUA